AUGGACUAUCAAGCGCCCGCCACCCGCGGAAUCAACGCCGGCGACCAUGAGAUUGUCGAGUCUGCUCCGAUCGCCGAUGCCCUCCACAUCCAAUCCUCUUCCCCUGCGUCACCCGACCCCCUAACUUCACCUCCCACAUUGCGGUCUCAGUCGCGCGGCCGCGAGGGGUAUGGAUUCCGUCCUGCUUCAGGAGCAUCGACUCCACAAAUACCUCAUUCCAUACACGUUCAACCGCACUCCGUCGUGGACCAGAAUGGCUUAGCCAAAUCUACCAUAAGUAGGCUCAACUCCACGCCAGAAGAACGUGCUGCUAGGGAAGCGAAAUUGGCUGGUGCUGUAAGAAUUCUCCUCGAAGCUAUCGGCGAAGAUCCAGAUCGGGAGGGACUGAUCAGGACUCCGGAACGAUACGCACAAGCUCUGCUGUGGAUGACGAAGGGUUAUGAAGACAAACUCACUGAUGUAAUAAAUGAUGCUAUUUUCGAGGAGGAUCACGACGAAAUGGUGAUUGUGCGGGAUAUAGACGUGUUCAGUCUCUGCGAGCACCAUAUGGUUCCCUUCACGGGGAAGGUCUCUAUAGGGUAUAUACCCAAAAAAUUGGUGCUUGGGAUUUCGAAGCUGGCUAGGAUAGCAGAGACAUUCAGUCGAAGGCUCCAAGUUCAAGAACGUUUGACCAGACAAAUAGCUUUGGCUGUUCAAGAAGCCAUCCAUCCUUAUGGAGUGGCCGUGGUCAUGGAAGCAACGCACAUGUGCAUGACCAUGCGAGGAGUGCAGAAACCAGGAGCCACGACGAUUACAUCCACAAUGCUCGGCGCUUUCCGUGAACGCGCUAAAACACGCGAAGAAUUUCUCUCUCUCAUUCGAAGCCCAUCCAGUGUUGGACGUCAUUAA